UUCAUUAAAUUUCAAUACAUUGCAUUCAUAUUAAUGUUACACAUUAUUCAAGUGAUGUCUACGGCCAUGAAUUCCAACAUUAAUUUACAGGCAGAGCAUACCACAUUUCCUGAACAGCAAACAAUAUUAGGCUCCAGUGUUGCGCUCCCGUGCGAGAUAACAGCACCGGGAAUGUCGACCGAUUCAGUGACCUUAAUCCUCUGGUACAGAGGUGACGACAUAUCGGGAGCGCCCAUCUAUAGUAUAGACGCCCGCAGUAGGAAUACCCCACUGGAAAGUGCCAAACAUUUUAUUGCUGACGAACUGGCCGGCAGAGCAACGUUUGAUAUAUCAGUCCGUCCGGCUCUACUUCGGCUCAGUCCUAUUGUCGACUCGGACAGCGGUCAGUACUGGUGUCGAGUAGACUUUCGGUGGACGCGUACCACAAUCAGCAACGUUAUGCUCAACGUUGUCGUUCCUCCCAAAAGAGUGAUUAUCAGAGAUGAGAGUGGAAUUGAACUCAAAAGUAUUGCCGUCUUUGACGAGGGAUCUGAUGUACAGCUCUUCUGUGAAUCGAUCGCUGGUAAUCCAUUGGCAACCAUCACAUGGUAUCGCAAUAACCGUAAGCUCACAAAACAGACAGUUAUGAUACGAGACAACAGCACAGUUGUGUCCGGCAUAACACUGGACAGUAUAGCCAGAGGUGACAUCAAUGCAGUGAUCAAAUGUCACGCCGCUAACAGUGAGCUAACCAAACCAGUUGUCAAAUCAAUCACAAUUGAUAUAAAUUUACGUCCAUUGAAAGCCGUAAUAGUGUCACUCAAUAAGGAUCGGUUGACUGCCGGGAGAAAACUGGAAGCCAUCUGUCAUACGUACGGUUCCCGACCCGCGGCUGUCAUCGCAUGGUUUAUAGGCGACAAAAAGCUAACCAGUUUUAAAGAUACUCAUUUGGAGGGCAACGGCACCAAAAGUAUCGUAACAUUUGUACCGACGCCUGAAGAUAAUGGUUUAGACCUACGAUGUCGUGCAGAAAAUCCCAAAUUAUCUAACAGUGCCGCUGAAGACCGCAUAAAUCUUGACGUCAAAUUUAUGCCAAACGUGACACUGGUUAUGGGCUCAGGGAACAACGAUGAUGUCGACUAUUCAUCGAUGACGGCAACCGUUAACGAGUCCAAUGAGAUACUAUUGGAGUGUAAUGUCAGCAGUAAUCCCAAACCUACAAGAAUUAGAUGGCUGUUCAAUAGGAAAGAGCUCAUACAAGAUGUUGCUAAAGGUAUCAUCAUUGGGAACAGUACUUUGAUCAUAAAGAAUACCAGACGGGAAUCGGAAGGAAGAUAUCAAUGCGUGGCCUAUAAUAGUGAGGGAAGAGGAGAUUCUGGCGAACUCUUUGUUCAAGUAUUCUUUGCACCGAAGUGUGUGUCUCAACAACGAAUCAUUGAGACCUCCCUAUCCUUUCCGACAAACAUAUUCUGUGAGGUCGACGCCAAUCCGGAAAACGUGACAUUCGUAUGGCAAUCGGCUAACAUUGAGGACAGACAUCGUGUAAUGAUAUCCAGCAAAGCGUUGCGCAGCAAAUUGACUAUAAUUCCCCAGUUUGUCACCGAUUUUGGCACAUAUACGUGCUGGGCAUACAAUACACUCGGGUCCAAUCAAUUGACUCCCUGUGUGUUCAACGUGACCGCUGGUGGUCAUACUGUGCCAAAACCGGUAACCGAUUGCGACUCGAAAGCUGUUGACGGCUGGGUGUACAUCAAGUGCCAACACUCGGGAGCAAAUGCCAUGGAGACGACGGCACCAAUUGAUGGCACAGCACAACAAUUGUUUGUUAAGGACACAUACUAUCAUCUGGAGGUACAGGACUCGCAGACAAAUCGCAAAGUAAUUCAAUUAAAUAAUAGCGAACCGGUAUUCAAUGUGUCGACAAGUGAAUGGUUGCCCAUCUAUUACCAGCUUAUUGUUUAUGUGUCCAAUCCUUUUGGUGUCAGCGAAGAGGUAACAAUGAUGGUUCAACCAGAACUGCCUUCCCUGAAGGCGCCGUCAUCGGCAAAGGCUGCGCCCAUAGCACCCAAUCUAUCGCAACACCAACAGACCACUGACCAGUCAUCGUCACAUCGGAUACUUGUGAUACUUAUAUCGCUAUUAACAGUAGUACUGGUGAUCCUAUCGGUGCUCAUUACCGUAACCAUUGUAUUGUGUAUAAUCAGACAGAAAAAUAACAAACGCAAACGCCAUAAUAAAAACUCCAAGUGCCAUAAUAAUAAUACCGGUAGUGGUGGUGCCAACACCAUUACCAGUGAUUGUGAUCAAUAUAGUAUUAGCGGUAAUACCGGUGCCACUGGUUGUAGUAGUAGUGCUGCCGGUUCUCGGUCGGCAACACUGGACCGAAAUAGUAUGAAACGAAAAGUCAAACACAAAGGUAAGUCCGGUAUGAGUCAGACCAAAGCCAGCAACGAUAGUAUUGCCACAAGUGAUGGAAGUGGUGCUCAUCCCGAUGUGAUACCAUGCGAUGGAGUAAUAUAUUAUGGCGGACCACCUGAUCAUCAUUUGAUUGAUGACAUAAGCGGCAAUCAUAAUUCAUUGCCAAUAUAUCGGGACAUUAUUAUAGCGACAGCCAAUAGUGUCGGUGCCUAUACUGUACUGAAUGACACGGGCGGACAGUUACCUGCUAAUGAACAGCAAUUGUUAGGUAUGUCCAGACUUAUGGCAUCGCAAAUAGUGCCUCAACAACAAUACCACAGCAAAACCCUAUUAGCCAAUCACGUCGUCACUAGCAAUCAUGUUUCAGUUAUUAAUGAUCGGCUUAAUGGGCCCAUUGAUGGUAGUAUUGGUGGUGCUGGCAGUGUUGGCACUGUUAUGCUGGUGCACAACAGUCAGCAACCGUUGGACACGUUUGUCGCCAAAUAUCCGGCAAAUGAUGGCACCAAUGAUACAGAGACAACGGAUAGCUAUUUACAAUUAAGUGCAWCCUAUCCACAGACAACACCGGUUUAA